AGUCUUUUUUCUGCAUAUACAAUAAAGAUUAAUUUAAAAAUGACUGGAAAUAGUGAGCUAAUUUGCAAAUGCUUUUUAACAAAUAAUAUUUUUGUGAAGUCUUGUGGAAUCCAUUUUACAUUUCGAGGAGAUAAAGAGUUUAUAAAUGAUUACAAAGAGUUUUUUUCAGAAAAUAAUUACAGCAACUUUGAAAUCAGUGAAGUUAUAAAAGAGAUACAUGCUGAAAUAGAAAGAAGAAAGGAAAAUGGAAAGCUUUCUCUGCUUCGCAAAAAAAUUAUUAAUGAAAACUAUAUUCCACUUCAUAGAGAAAUUUAUGUUUUAAAGGAUGACUAUUUGCAUAGAGAGUUUUUAUGUUUGGUUCAAGAGUCCUGUCACCCUUUAACUUCAAGAAAAACAUUGAUCAACAAACUUCUAAAGACUGAGGAACCGGAAGUGUUUCGUUUGAGAGUUUUCAAUAAAGAAUUCUGCCAUAAAAUGGUUGAGGAAAUUGAGCACUUUAAUUCAACUAAUUUUCCAAAAGGAAGGCCUAAUACAAUGAACACAUUGGGAAUUCUUUUAGGUGAAAUUGGAUUCAAUGAAAGCUUUCUUAAUGAAUUCAGAACAAGGUUUUUAAACCCAAUUUUUUCAAUCUUAUAUCCAAAUUGUGUAGGAAAAAGUGGAUUUGAUUCACACCGCGCCUUUGUAGUUGUAUAUGACUGUGAAAAUCAAGAAGUUGAUGACACAGGUCUAAGUCUUCAUUAUGAUAAUUCAGAGGUUACAAUUAACAUUUGUCUAAAUGACAACUUUGAAGAUGGCGAGUUGUUUUUUAGUGGUUUGUGUAAUACGCAAUCACUGAAAUAUACUAGAGUGGAACAUAAAUUUGGCUUUGGUGUGUUGCAUCAAGGUCAUCAUCUUCAUGGUGCAAUGCCCAUAUCAUCAGGAAAAAGAUAUAAUUUAAUUAUGUGGCUCAGAUCUUCUGAUGUAAGAAAUUUACGUUGUCCAAUGUGUGACUCAACACCAUCAUUAAUUGAGACAGAGGGGGAUGGUGAUGGAUUUACGUCGAGUAAUCAGAUUGUGAAUGUUUGUAAAAUUAUAUGAAUAACAAUUAAAUCACUUAGUAAUUGCAAACUGUUUUAAAAGUA